AUGUCUCUAUCAAAAGCUGCGUCUUGCAACCGGACUGUAGUCUUCAUCGGCAGAACUGGAUCGGGAAAAUCGACAUGCGCAAACACUUUAGCAGGCAAUUUUGGCUUAUUCAAAGAAAGCGACGGGUCUGUGAGCGAGACGAAGAUCGUGGAAGCCAAAACAAUCCGUGUCGAUCGAUACGGGAAAAAAUGUAACUUGAAGAUUGUUGACACGAUUGGCAUCGGUGACACUAAACUGUCGCCUGACGAAGUCUUGCAGCGACUCGCGGCCGCUUGCAACGAGUGCAAAGAAGGAAUCAAUGCCGUACUUUUUGUCACAGGCGGACGCUUCACCGAAGAAGAAGCAGAUGCUUGGGACGUUAUGUGGCAAGUUCUGUUCGGGGAAGAAGUUCUAGAGCACACCGCUAUCGUGCGAACAAACUUCCUCAAGUUUCAAGAUCAGAAGGCAGUCGGAAUCGACAAGAAGAAGUUGAAAGAGGAGGGAGGCUCGGCUGCAAGCAGAAUCUUGCCUUACGUCAGGUACUUUCUAUAUGUUGACAAUCCGCCUGAACAGUACGGAGGAAAAGAAGUUCGCGAGUGUUCAAAGGAGAUCUUACUUAAGCAUUUGAUCGUGAACUGUGAGAAGGUUUUUCAACCGCCAGUGAUGCGUGAGGUCAAACAAAAAAUUUCUGAGCACGCAAGGGCACAUCAGGAAGCAAUAGACAAACAAGUACAGCUGAAAGCUGAGUUAAAGGAAGCUCGCGAUCAAGUGGAACGACUCCGCAUUCAAGCAGAAGUAGACAAAGCUAGCAAGGAGAAGGACGAGGCAGGCAAAGCAAUGGCGCGAGAGAUGGAAGCUAUCAUCGACCGAAAGGCGCGAGAGAGAGGUGUGGCAUCACGAAUUCUAGGAUCUGUAGGUGGGGCGAUUGACAAAACAGCUGGAUUCAUGGUCAAUACCGCCAAAAAGGCUUGCUCUGUAAUGUGA